AUGGUCAAGCUACUCGUCGCCGUGAGGGUUAUCCCAGAGGACGACUACCUCCGAAACCUGGAACGACCACCGAACCAAAUCAUCAAAGGCGAGCGACGAUUACGAGUGAUUGUGCGCGAGCCGCACCGAUGGCAGAUUGGCACCCUUGCACUUGAGAUCCAAAGGGCAUACAAGAGUUGCUAUCAACAUGACUUGCCGACGAUCAAAUACAUCAAGGACAAUGAAGACGACUGCGAUCUCGACCCGCAGCUGUACGUUUCUGAUCUACUACUUGACGAGGGCAAGGCGGAAAGAGAUGGAGCAGACCAGCGGGUGACGAUAAAGGUGAUUCUGGAGCAAGGUCGAGCGGUGCGCGAGGGCUCUGUCGCGGUGGGCAGCAUGUUGGACAAUCCUCAGUUUCAAAUCCAGCACCGUAGCACGGCUCUUCCGCCCGUACCGAAGUUCCCGGGCGUUGCUUCGACUUUGGGAAAGCGGCGGCUGCCGGCCACCUCGGAGGAAGAAGAAGAAGAAGAGGAAGCGGACUACGCAGGUGGUGGUAUGACCGGGGUCAAGAGGCCACGGCAGGUUGAAAUACCCGAGACGCAGAAGCGGGCAGAGAGUAUAGUUCCCUCGAUUGAGAGGGUUGGCCAUCAUCUGCGAAGAUCGCCUGAGCUGGUGCAAGCCAGCCAGGUAACCUACGCAGGACCAGACCAGGGUUGGCAUCAGCGCCAGCAGCAACAAUCGCAGCAACACCAAAAACAACAGCUAUUGCUGCAUGAACCAAAAGCAGAGUCACCAGAACUGUGGCGAUCGUUCCAGACUAUUCCCGCAGCCACUGCGGACGAAUUGGAGGAGCUGCCUGGCCAACCUCAAGCAUUUGCUUCGCGACGCAGAGAUACGGCAGGGUCAAGAGGAAUCCAGAGGACGACUGAUUUCCAUGGGCCCAAUGGCCUGCCAGCCGAUCCACAAACUGAAUUAUCCCAUGGUCCUCUCACACCGCCUGCAGGUCGUUCGACCUCUACCAGGCUGCGCUCUCAGCGCAGAGAAAAUGGUGCAAGCGGCGCUGGUUUAACGUCCUCCAAUUCAGCCGGUAAAUUCAGACGCCGUGACAUCUACGAUUUUCCAGAGUCGGAUAUCGAUGAUACUCAGAUGUCGCCCCGUUCCAGAGAAGCUCGACUGGUGCCACGGAGAUCGAAUGACCGUUUAUCUCGAAUCGAACGGCUUCAAUCUCCCUAUGAAGAUCGUACGAACGCUGCUGGUCAUCGACUUGCCCUUGACGCAGCUCUGGAUGCCCUGGAAAACGAAUCGGUGUUUGACGGAAAUGGAGCUGAGCCCCAAAUGUUUGCAGGUACUCUAUUCCCUCCUGGGAUGGAGAAUGCCGCACCUGCUGAUGAGUCCGAAAAUUCGAUCUACGAGGAUGCCCCGACCGAGAGUGUUCAGCCGAAGCCGCCGAGGCCGCUUGAUGCCUUUGAUAGAUGGCUGAUAUCAAUACAGGAAUCUGCCAGGUCUGACAAAGUGGAACCAACGCCUGCUGUGUCAGGCCAAGAUGAUGCGAAAGCGUCAACUCCUGCCCAGCGAUCAGACGAUGGAGGAGAGGACAAGGAAAAUCGGCAUGAACCACCAACAUCUGCUCAGCCUGCUAAUCAAGCGUCCGAACUAACACACAGCCACCCGGUGGAAAAAGUACAUUACCAAGAGCCUCCCCAUCCUUCUGGCGCGAAUGGGGAAAAGCAGCCAGAGAACCGACCUACAGCGAAGAGACAACGGAAGCGAGCGUCCUCGAAAAUCCCUGUCAACGGAGAAGGACCUUCCAGCCAGGCAAGUGGUAGUGCCAAACAAUCCGCUCCAGCGGAGGCCGUGGUCAACGCCACUCCCAAACCGGCCAAGAAGCCCCGUAUUGCGCAGAGGACACCAAGUUUUGAUCUUGGCGAGCAGUUGUCACAAUCACUGCAGGAGUCCGCGCGGAAGCAAUCGGCAGUCAAGGACAAGGGCAAAAAGGCCGCUGCAACUGCUGCGGAGCAAAAACAUGCCGUGCUUUCUUCACCACUAGCCACCAAGGCACCAGAGCAAGAGCAAAUAUCAGCCGAAGCCCAGAAGGAAAAGAAGCCGGUAGCACAGCCCAAGGAGGCCAGCACCAAGAGUAGCGAGACCGCCACUGCUCCCAAGAAGACCCGAGCGAGGAAGAGCCGUGGAUCGGCGGCGAACACAACCGCAGAAGUUGUCCAAACUCCCCAGUCCACCUCUGCUACCGUGGCGGAGCCUGCAAAGGGGACAGCGGCUGCACCGACGAAACCCCUUCCUGACUGGAGUUCCAGCUCAAAUGCUACCGGUGCCGCAGCGAAACAAGAGCCGUCAGCACACAGUCAUGAAGAACCUGCAAAGCAGUCACAGUCAUUGACAGUUGAGCAACCUGCGGAUGCUCACGUGAGGAAGAGUCCAUCGUUCACCCCCGGUUUCGGCUUAACCGAGGAAGAGAUCAAGAUCAUGAAAAGUCGCGAAGGCAUGACCCAGGAGCAGUACGAAGCCGAGAAGAAGCGCAAGUCCGCCGAGACCAAAAGAUUGUUGACAGGACUUGCAGCACGGAGAGAGAGCGGCGGCAAGCCAGGAGGGGUCGAAAAGACUCCAAAAGCGAAGAGCGAAACGCCCGCUGCCACUGCCACUGCCACCACGACAGCAACGCCUGGCACCAAAAAAUCCACUACUGCUCGAGGGAAGAAGGCUGCUCGUGUGAGUUUCUCUGCAGAAGAUGCAGCGAAAAUGCGAGUCGCCGGUUCCUCGAACGAAGAUGCAGCGGCGACAAGAAGUGUCGUGGAAAACGAUCAAGACCACCAGUCUGCGAUUACAAGCUCGGCCAAAAGCCCUCCUCCUGGUACAGCAUCCUCGUCGAAAGUCGAUGGGCCAGCGCCAACCAGCUCCGCAACUGCACCAAAGUCAUCUUAUAAACGGCGCAAGUCUGAACCUGGCCCGCAAGCAUCCAAGACGAGUGACAAAGACAAGGCAUCGUCCACAGCGAAAAGCCCUUCGGUUAAAUCAGCGGCUGAGACUGCUGAAACCACUGCUACUCCUGGGGCUGCUGCAGCACCAGCAGCUAGCAGUAGUACCCCAGCCACGAAUAAAUCAUCAGCAAAAGAGAAGCACAAGACACCCGGCCCAGCAGCGACACCUGCAACGAAGAAACCGAUAACCACAUCUAUAUCUACAUCUACACCGUCCGUGCCCACCAAAGCUGCUGCCGCUUCGUCGGCUUCCAAACCGGCGGCGACGACCAAACCAACAGGUACCGGUGCUGCUAGUCGUUCUUCCGCCGCAUCAUCAGCCACCCCAAACACAACUACUAUACCGCAGCAGAAGAAGGCUCCUACGCCUGCCAGUGUCCCUCCCCCAGCAGCAGCAGCAGUGCCAACCAUCGCCACGGCGAAACGUCUGACUGAUCUUCACGCAGCAAUCCGCAACGCGACACAAUCCGUCGCCUCAACGGCCGCUAGCUCGCUGUCUCGACAAUCUUCGUCGGCGCCUCAUCAACGGCGGUCUGUUUUGAAUCCUUCAACGGAUGAUGAAGAGAGUGAUGACGACAGUGAUGAUGAUGAUGGUGAUAGCGAUGAUGACGAAGACGACAAGAAAAAGAAAAAUAAUCAAGCUGUCAACAACAAGUCGGACAAAAAGGCCCCUGCCAGCACGUCGGCAUCGUCUCCAUCUUCUUCCGCUUCGUCGUCGACAGAUGAUGAUGAUGAUGAACCAGAGGAUGACGAUGACGACGACAAGAAAGAUUCAACGUCGAAAUCGAAAUCGAAACCCGGCCAAGGCAAGGCGAAACAAAAACAACCGAGGACCAACAACACAACAACAAAAACAACCACAAGUGCAACCAAGGCGCCGUCCAAUUCCCAGCCUGACGCGAGUAUUCGCGAUGCCAGCGUUGAUCCGUCUUCUGACGAUGACGACGAUGACGAAGAGUUGUAG